UCUACUAGUUUUUCUUUUCUUAUUUCACACUGCAUUUAUUUUCGGCUUUUACGCCUGCUUGUACACAGUGCAAAAUUUACGUCGUUGGAGCUCGCCUUGGCCCAAUUUUAUUUUGCACUCUCUUCUAUUCAUUGCUUCUACGCUCUGAUACCCAUGUCACUCGACUGGCAGGAAAAGGCUGACAAUGUCUGUUGUUUGAAUGCCUAGUAUAUGUCAAUCUGAACCGCCAGCGACCCACUAUUGAGCAACAAAACACGCAGUUUUCCCAAGUCUUAAUCCAAUAAAUGCCCUCUAUCGUCCUCGGCAUUUAAUGAUGGAAUGUUUUUAUGUAAGUACUUUAUGUAUGUUUUGGUUCAGAUUUGAUGCUGAUUGAUUCUAAUUGCUUUCAAUAAAUGUCUUUUUAAUCCUCUUUUCAAAACAGAAAAUCUUUCUUGGAAUUUGAAAUUGGUAUAUGUAUUUCCAGAAUUUUUUUUUCGAAUUUUCUAAUCUUUUAGCAUUUAAAAUCUCGACAUUUUUAAGUAUUUUUUUCAGUCCAUUAUCGGCAAAUAUUAAAUCUUUCUUUUACAAAUUUAGUUCCCUAUUUUUGAAUGAAUAUUUUAUAGUUUUUGUUAAUCUUUUCACUUAAUUUUUCUUAUCUGUUGUGUCAAAUGAGUGUUCAACAAGCAGAAUCUUUGGCGUCAGCGUCACUUCCUUCUACUGCAACAACAUAUAUAGCAACAACAACAAAUUCAGCAUCAACAUCUUCAGCUACAACAGCAAUUAUUCCAACACCAAGUGAACAGCCUCCGAGUGGUGGAGAUUUUGGUGGUCAUGUUUUCUCUUCAAAGAAGACUUUUGGGAAAUUAACAUAUUGCCACCAUUGUUGCGACAAAAUUUGGGGGAUGCUUUCACAGGGAUAUCUUUGUGAAGUUUGCAGCUUUGUUUGUCACGCUACAUGUAUGCGCUCAAUUGUUACAGUUUGCACAGGCCAAAUGAUGCAACUUAUUAAAAACCCUGUUGCGCAUACUUGGACGGAUCCACAACAUAUUAAAAGGCAUUUUUGUUGUGUUUGCCGAAAACGUACAGACGAUACCCUUUCUUCAGAAUGUGAAGUUUGUAGCUGUUAUGUUCAUGCAUCAACAUACGUCCCCUCACUGGAUCGAACAACAAGCAAACAAUUUCACCACAUGCGAGAAGGAAAUUUAGCUAGAGAUGCCAAAUGUGUUGUGUGUAAAAAAGGAUGCUACUCUGCUGAGUGUCUUAGUGGUUUUCGUUGUCAAUGGUGCAAUUUAUCUGUACAUUCAACUUGUUAUCGCCAAUUUCGUCCUCAAUGCGAUUUUGGCCCUUUGAGAAAAAUAGUGCUCCCUCCAAAUGCAGUAACUACUCCACGAGCAGAAUUGCCUAUGGAUUUACUUUUGAAUAUUCAUACAAAUACGCCUGGCGAAACAAAUAACAAUGAAGGCAGAAAGGCAUCAUCUCCUUCAAGAACAAUAGGCAUUGAUGAGAAAGAGGAAAGAGAAACUCGUAAAGGAGAUAGGGGAGAACGUGAUCCUGACAAAGAAGAGCGUGAUGAUGAUCAGCUUCUCCUUCGUAUUUUUGAUGGAAACAGUUCUCUACGAAAUAAAAUAAGCAAAACUGCUUAUGUUCCAAAGACGGCAUCUUGCGAACAGAUUAGGGACGUAGCAAUGCGACGUUUCCACAUUUGUGACAGUAAUCGCGAUAGUUAUUAUGUAACACAAGCACCUCAUGAACUUGGUGACGAAGAAGAGCCGUUAGAAGAUCCCAUUCCCUUGAGAAAUGUAAAAAAGCCUGAAGGAAAAUGUGCCCAGGUUUUUCUUCGCUAUAGAGAUGAUCCUGAUAAAACAAUCGUUCGAAUUCAUGGAGGUUGGUUAAGAAUACCAUGCGAGUAUACAGACAUUACUGUGACUGCUCGUAUGUGUGUACAGGAGUGUAUACAGCGUUGGAAAACUUUGGGCUGGAUGGAUCUACUUGGAGCCGAUAUAAUCUGCAGGCAUUUAAAAAUCUAUAUUCACAUUUUAUUUUUUUUGAUUCAGGAGGUUUCUCUAGAGAAGGGUGUAGCUGAAAGAACGGUUAAUCCACAAGAGGAAAUGCUUCAAUUGGUCCGAAAUCUUAGGAAGGAUUCUUUGAGGCGAAGUCAUGUCGUUCGCUUCUAUAUCCAAGAGAAAGAGGAUCCUCAUGAUCAUGCCAUUUUUGUCUCCAAUUUGCCCCCGUCACGUUCUCAACGUCAAUAUGAACGAAUUUUGUUAAAAUUACUUUCCAUCAAUGAACGUCCUUUCUGUGCAAUUGGACCAAUUUAUUUUGAAUAUGGAUCUUUGGUCAUUACAUUCAAUACACCUAAGGCAGCAUCUGCUGCUGUGUUGAGGUUACAGAACGCAAUAUAUGAAGAUAAAAAAUUGGUGGUGCUUUGUUUACCAAAUGUACAAUCUCAUAUGAUUCCUCUAGAUGUUGAGCCUUUGCUUGUAUUGGUCAAUGUCAAAAGUGGUGGUUGUCAGGGUACUGAACUUAUUUCUGCCUUUAGACGUUUACUUAACCCAUUCCAAGUAUUUGAUGUGCUCAAAGGAGGUCCUCUCGUUGGCCUCUAUGUCUUUAGAAACAUUCCCAAAUAUAGAAUUUUAGCUGCAGGAGGUGACGGAACAGUUGGAUGGGUUCUUCAAUGUUUAGACAUUGCCAAACAGGAUGCAGCUUGUUUCUCGCCUCCUUGUGCAGUAUUGCCUCUAGGAACAGGAAAUGACCUUGCACGAGUGUUGCGUUGGGGUGGAGGUUACACUGGUGAAGAGAGCCCCGUUGACAUACUUCGUGACGUUAUUGAAGCUGAGGAGGUUCGGCUAGAUCGUUGGGCUGUCGUUUUCCACGAAGAAGAAUUACCAUCUACUGCUGCAUUAACUCAAAAAGCUCAAACUGAAGAUGCCCCAAUGACAAAUCCAGAAGAUCAAACAAGCAUGAUCAUCAUGAAUAAUUAUUUUGGUAUUGGAAUUGAUGCUGAUGUUUGUAUGCGGUUCCACACAAAGAGAGAUGCAAAUCCGGAGAAGUUCUCGUCUAGGCUCUUCAACAAGACUCAAUAUGUGAAGAUUGGACUACAAAAAGCUUUUGAUAGAACUUGUAAAGAUCUUUGGAAAAGGGUGGAAUUAGAAGUGGAUGGUCGUCCAAUCGAAUUACCUCCGUGUGAAGGAAUUAUUGUGCUCAAUGUUCUCAGUUGGGGAAGUGGUGCUAAUCCUUGGGGGACUGCAAAGGAAGAAGCUGGAUUUCAAAAGCCUACACAUUACGAUGGAUUGCUUGAGGUUGUGGGAAUAACAGACGUUUCUCGACUUGGCUUGAUUCAGUCUAAAUUGGCAGCAGGCACAAGAAUAGCACAAGGAGGAUCGAUUAAAAUUACAACAAAGGAAAUGUGGUCAGUGCAAGUAGAUGGUGAACCUCAUAUCCAACCUCCAGGGACAAUAACCAUUCUAAAAUCUGCACUUAAAGCAAAAAUGUUAAAGAAAGCUAAAAAGUCUCGUAAAAGUGUUGCUGCAACUGUACGUGCUGUCCAAAGCGAAGGCUCGCCUUCAAAUGAUUUUGAACAUCCAAACUCUAGUCAUUUGGAAGUUGAAUUAAGAUCUGGACAUGGAAAGAGUACACCUGAAGAAAUUAACUCAUUUGAUGAUGAUGAGGAGGCUGAUUCUUUUCUUUAA